AGCCUCCCGCCCGCCGCGCCGCGGCGGGCUCCGCCGCUGGGCCGAAUGGCAGCGCAGGGCCCCACCCCUGCGCACCAGGUCGCGGCCCCGGCGGUCGGAGGCCCGGGGCCGCAGGGCGGCGAAGGCGGCGACCCGCUGGCCGCGGGCACGGCGGAUGGCGAGCAGCUGCUGCGCGCGCUGCUCGGGCGGCCGCCUGCCGAGAUCGCCGAAUGGGCGCUGGGGCAGGUGGAGGAGAUGUCGCGGCCCGGUGCCGACGUGCGGAGCCUGCCCAUCUUCUCGCUCGCGGGCGCCUUCAAGGAUUCCCGGCCAGAAGAAAGGCAGAGGCUGGUCCGCGGCGCCCUCACCGGCUUCGGCGAGCUGCCAGCCGCGCGGCGCGCCGGGGCAGUGCGGAUGGCCAUGGAGACGGGGCAGCGGGCCUCGCAGGCCCAGGCCACGGAGGGUCAAGACCCAAGAGCGGUGCCCCUGAUCCAGAACCUCAUGGCCGUGGCCACGGAGUCGCAGAUUCAGUCGAUGCCACAGGAGGAGCUGGACAGCAUCACCCAGGAGGCGCAGAACGUGGCAGUCAGAGCCAUGCAGCCGCAGCAGCUGGCGGACGUGGUGCAGGAGCUGCGGCCCGAGGAGCGCGAGAUGCUCACGGACACCCUGGUGGAGGCGAAGGUGGUCCCUUCGGAACACCGCGCGGUCAUGGAGCAGACCAUCAAGCCAGGAGGCUACGUGGACAGUCUUCGAGUGGCACUGACCUGGCUGGACUGGGCCAGGACGCGGGCGUGGGUGGCCGUGGCUCUUACCGCCCUUGAGCUGGUCUGCGCCGUGGCGCUCGGCGUCUUGGGGGAGCCGUGCGCCCCCCCGAACGCCCUGUGGCUGCAGGUCGACGUCGCCAUCGCCCUGCUGGCGUCGGCAGGCGCCGGCUCUGCGGCGUGGCUCCUGGCGGAGCCACUGCGGAAGCUCCACGAGGAUCCUGUGGGCACCGCGCAGCGCUGGCACGGGGACGGGGCGCCCCGCGACUGGACCCUGCGGCUGCAGGCGGCGAUCCCGGGCGUGCCCCUGCAAACAUACCGGAACGGAGCCAUAGGGCUGUGCGUCUGCACGGUCAUGGCUCUCCUGGGUGUGUGCUGGGCUCUGUUCGGGUUGGAGAACGCGGCCAACACCAUCAUUCAGGGGUGCUCGCCCGCGACGGCAUGGUGCUGGGCGUUCUUCUGGUUGCUGCGGGUGGGCCUCCUCGUGGCCGUAGCGUUACUGGUCGCGUGGGUGUACCGCGAGGCGCAGAGGCACGCGGACGGGACCCCGAGGGACGGCGACAGCGAGCCGCAGCAACCACUGCUCCGCACCGAGGAGAACACCCGGUCCGCAGAUCCGCCAGCCGCCGUGAAGGCCCAAGAGGCCCCCGCAGCCGUCGAGCCGGCCGCCCCGGCGCCCGCGUCGGCCCCGGCCCGGCCGCGCGAGGCCCGAGAGGCCCCUGCUGCCGAGGAGCCGCCCGCCCCGGCGCCCACGCAGCCUCCGGGGCGGCCGCAGGCCAGCCGCGGCGCGGCGGGCGCGAAGCCGCAGAGCGCGGCAGCCGCCGAGCCGGCGGCGCACGAGCCAGACCCCGAGCAGGUGCGGCAGGACGUCGCGGCCCUGCUGCAGCGGCUCCGACGGCCCGAGCGGCGCGCCGCCGACGGCCCCGGGGGCUCGCCGGCCCCGCCGCUGACGCCGCCCACCCAGACCGUUGCGGCCGCGGCCGCCACGAGCGGAGGCGGCGCGAGCGGGGACCGCGGCGCCGCGAGGCGUCGGCAGCUGCAGCGGUCGGGCCACGCGGAGGUGCACGCCAGCAUGCGGGCGGAGCACGACGACGCGCUCAGCCGGCUCGACACGCUGGAGCGCGGGGAUGCUCCGAAGUAGCCGCGCAUCUGCAUGCGGGGGGGGGCUCUGCCACCUCGGUGGCUCGGUCCUCGAUCCUCACCCCAUUCGGCCCUCCACCUGCCGAGCCUCGCCCUCACCUUCCUCUUCCCUCCCCCGCUCGUCAGCUCUCCUCGGGCCGCCGGCUGGGCACCAAAGCGUGCUCUUGCCUUGGGCUGUAGUGGCCUGAUGCUCGCCGCCGCCAUCGACCCGUUGAGCUACGAAUCGGCGAUGAGAGCGCCAUCCAAA